GCUGUCUGUUUUCUGUUUCCAACACCGCGGAAGUCGAAGAAUUUGCUUGAAAUUUCCGUCUUCUCCCUUACAAAAUAUUAAGUUGGAUAUGCAGAUUACCGUAAAAAUAUUGAAUGGCCAAGAAGUAAGACUGGAGGUCUCUGAAAAUGAGCAGAUCUCACUGGUAAAACAGCUUGCGUCUGAAAAACUUGAUGUGCCUGUGGAACAGCAAAGAUUAGUAUUUAAAGGGAAAACUUUAGCAGAUUCUUCCACCUUACAAGAGCAUCAGAUUACUGAAGGGAGCAAACUUCACCUAUCCGUACGAAAAUCAGGCCAUGGUGCCAGUAGUGGAAAUCCUGAAGACUUUUUUGGACUGCUCAAGGAAGUAAUCAGAGGUCACUUCAGUGAGCAAGAUACUGAGCGAGUGAUGCAGAAAUUUAGAGAGGACUUUAAGACAUGGGUAUGGUCUCUCAGUCUCGAUGACAUUGAACGCAUGGCAGCGCUUCAUUUGAACGAGUCAACAGAGUCUGCUUCUUGUUAAUAUUGUGUACCAAGGCUUGCUUGAAAACAUUUGGUGAGUGGUUAAAAGUCCAUCUGAAACCAGGAGUCAAAUGGAAGCA